AUGGACUGUGCGACGGUGACAGAGGAGGAGCUUCAGCUUGUAGAGGCGGACUUCUCUUCCAAGUCCAUGAUCGUGUCCCCACUGACCGGCUUUGCCUUCUGGUUCUCCGUGGAGUUCAACAACCAUCCACCCCCGAUUGCUGCUCCCACCCUCUCCCAACCAUCUGCCGCCUCUCCUGCUCCUCCUGCUCAUGCUGAGAUUGCUGAUGCGCCAUCGGAUGGUUCUGUUCCCAUCCGUGCUGAUGCUGCCGCCGCCCCUGCAUCUGCUGCCGCUGCUGAACCUCCUUCUUCUUCUGCUGCUGCUGCUGCUGCUGCUGCCGGCUCCGUUGCUGCUGCUAGUCCAGAGGGAGACAGCACAGACGCCAUGGUGACAGACAGUGUAGUGCUGUCUACAGCACCGGAGGACACACCAACACACUGGAUGCAGACGGUGCUGUAUGUGGGGGAGAUGUAUCCUGUUCACCAGGAUGAUGUCAUCAGUGGCCACGUCACCAUUGCUCCCAAUAAGGAAUGCGCCCGCUUCCUCGACAUCAAUCUGUCCUACCAGACUCCUACCACGAGUGGUUCCAAGACUUUCACAAUGCGCUGA